AAUAUCGAAUAUGGUGAAAUAUGUGAUGUGCAGAUUGGCAGAAGUGAAAAAUUCAGUUUUUUGACAGUUAUCUUGUCCACAAUUAAUUUCCUGGUCUACAAUUAGAUUCGUAUUCUUGUCCAAAAUUGUAGUUUGGAAGAAGGGGUGGUGCUCGAGAGGGUAGGACAUUUGAGUAGUUUGGUAAAAUCAAGGGAAAGGUGCCACUAGGAAAUUUCAAAGAUGAUUCUUAAGGAUUUGGCGUGGGUUGUUGUGUUGUUGGUCACCUUGUCUUUCUCGACUGUCACGUCCCUCUACUUCCACAUUGCAGAGACGGAAAGGAAAUGUUUCAUUGAGGAAAUUCCGGACGAUACUACGGUUAUCGGUAUCUACAAAGUUGAGUUGUUUGACCCUCGAACCAAUGGAUUCAUGCCUUCUAGUCCUGGAAUUGGGAUGCACGUCGAGGUGAGAGAUCCUGAUGACAAGACUGUAUUGUCCAAGGUGUACAGUUCCGAAGGCCGAUUUACCUUUACAUCCCAUACUCCUGGAGAACAUGUCAUAUGUCUUCAUUCUAAUUCGACGAAAUGGUUUGCUGGAUCCCAACUUAGAGUGCAUUUGGACAUUCAAGUUGGAGAACAUGCCGUUGAUUACGCAAAUGUGGCUCAAAAGGAAAAAUUGACGGAAUUGCAGCUCCGCGUUCGUCAAUUAUUGGAUCAAGUAGAACAGAUUUCUAAGGAGCAAAAUUAUCAACGGUACCGAGAAGAGAGAUUUCGACAAACGAGUGAAAGCACGAAUCAACGCGUCCUAUGGUGGUCUUUAAUUCAAACUGCGGUCUUACUUUUAAUGGGUUACUGGCAAAUGAGGCAUCUCAAGUCUUUCUUUGAAGCUAAAAAAUUGGUAUAACUUGUUUGCAUUUUUUAACGACAAGUCCAAUAAAUUAUCAAGAGAAUAAUAAUUCAACACCGGGAGAAUGAGUAUUCUGCGAAAAAGUAUCCAACAGCAUCAUCGCGAUUUAUAAAAAACAACAUAUUAUGGUACUAUAUAUUUCAGUAACGUCUGCUAGCAUUUAAUUUUAAAAAUUAUGUAUGAAUAAAUAUGUAGCGUCUAUUGUAAUCGAUCUGUAUUGUAACUUAAUUUAUAUACAAAACUAAAAUUCUUUGUACCAAAUUUCAAGUGUAACCAAAAACAAUAUUAAAGAUGUACCAUCGUUAAACAACCA